AUGUUUGUUAAAUGAAAAUUUGGAAGAUGGAGAAAUGUAUUGGCUAAGCCUAAGGUGUGGGCUGGGAGAUCUAGGCUUCUUGAGGGGUCUAGCCAGAGAUCCUACUCUAGGUAUGCCUCUGAUUAUACAUUAAGGUAUAAUGCAGGAGCGCUUGGGCUUGAUAUUAAAGAAGCUAGAGCUGCAGAAGCCAAUCCAUUGAAGACUCUUUACCAUGAGAAGAUUUUAAGAGACCUUAGUGAGAUACAAAGACUUCAAAGACUCAGAGUACAGAAUGAGCCCCAAAAAGUAGUCAACAUCAAAGGUUUGUACCCUAAGAUUGUCAUGACUGGUAAGUGAGAUGAUAAAACUAGUGAUGGAAUUCAUAGUGAUAAUGUAAACUUUACUGAACCUAAUGAAGACUUAAUCAGUGAGGAAGAAGCUAUCAAAAUCAUUUACGAACUGCGCAAUACUAAGAAGAGGUUGUAAAGAUGCCAGUUGGUUUAAUUCCUUAUAUUAUGUUUCUCUAAUUCUGAAGUAACUAGUUUCACCUAUCCUCCCUUCACAUUUUCUUGGUUAGACCUUU